AUGCAGAACCAAAAACCGAGUAACCAAAACAAGCGAAGAUGGCUGUUGUUGCAGCUGCUUUUGGCCAGCACAAUGCUGGUGAAUAAGAUCUCCGCCCAAGAAGCCUCAACGACAACAGAAUUUGCACCACGCGUUUCGGCCACCUGCAAGGCGGGCACCAUGAACAUUAAAGUGAAAUUGGAUGGACCCUAUAGUGGAGCUGUACAUGCACGUGAUUAUCGUACCCCUGCUUGCAUGGCAAUGGGUGAUGGUUCAGAUUCGGUGGGCUUCAGUCUCAACCUAUUGGCCAAAGAUGGUUCGCCAGACUAUUGCGGUGUUCUAGUCAGUAACCGCACCGAGGAAAGGUCCAUUCAACUGGCGGUACGUGUCCACAAGACAUUGGAAUUGGCCGAUGAUAAGUUUUAUGUUAUCACCUGUGGCAAAUCGGGUUUUGGAAG